UAGCUAUGUGGUGGCAACAGCCAAGUGUUAUUCAUAUGGAAUUGCUCGCUUAAUUGGUGGUCUCUUGCCUCUACUGCUGAGGCAUGUUAGAGUUUCGUAGUGUUUUAUUUUAUUAAUGCAAAUAUGACAACGAAUGUUUACUCCGACAGCAUAACUCACUGACCUUGUCUUUACAUAUCUCACACGUUUUAAUGUUACAUAUCGCCUCUGCAAUUUUACUCUGAAAUUGAUACCUUAGUGCUAUUUCAUUUAGCCAAUUGUAAUCGUCAUUCGUGCACUCUCUAGCCAUUUGAUGUCAAAGCAAUCGGGGAAAGCGUGAGGAUUUCUUUGCAGUCAUUGGCUGGUCAAAUGACAAUCAAAGCCAUAUACCCUCUCAUUGGCAAGUGACUCAAGUUUUUCGAGGUGGGCGGACUCUACAGCGCCUUGGUUGACAUUGUUGUGGGAGUGAGAAUAUACUUUAUCGUCGGGUCUUUUAAAUCAUUCGCUGGUGCGUGCUAAUAUUUUUAUAAAGCCACGAGCAAGUAGUCACAAAUCUGGAAAUAUUUCUUUGAAUAUCUGAGAUGACAACGUUAUUCAAUGGGACGAUGAAAGACCUAUGUACGAGGCCGCUCAAGGUGUGCCUGUGAAGGAAGUCCCCAGCGACGACACAGUGUGUGUGUGUGUGUGUGAGAGUGUGUGUGUGAGUGUGUGUGUGUGUGUGUGUGUGUGUAUGUAUGUGUGGGUGAAAGUGUGUUCCAUUUCUCUCUCCUGAUGCCGCCUGCCACAUUGUAAAUUCAUGAUCACAUGACCUUGGAUAUGGACGCAGUCCUGUCCGACUUUGUCCGUUCUACUGGAGCUGAACCAGGAUUGGCCCGAGACCUACUAGAAGGCAAGAACUGGGAUCUGACUGCUGCUCUCAGCGACUUUGAGCAGCUGAGACAGGUGCACUCGGACGCCUUGACAUAUUCGUUUGUGGAAGAGAGGGACUACCCUCCCCCCGAAAAGGAGGUGGCUCGAGUGAGCCGACCACUCCUGCAUCGGCAGGAUGAGGUGGUGCAAGCCAACGAGAAGCGCCUCUCCAGAGGCAUCUCGCACGCGAGCUCCACCAUCGUGUCGCUGGCGCGCUCGCACGUCUCCAGCACCGGGGUCAGCGUCGGUGGCGGCGGGGGCGGAGGCGGCAGCACCAGUGGCGGCGGCGGGGGCGCCGACCCUCUCCUGGACACGCCGGUCUGCACCUUUCAGCUUCCAGACCUCACCGUCUACCGCGAGGACUUCCGCGGCUUCAUAGAGCGCGAUCUCAUCGAGCAGUCCAUGAUGGUGGCGCUGGAGCACGCCGGGAGACUCAACUGGUGGACUCGUGUGGGCCCCGGCUGCCAGAGCUUGCUGCCCCUGGCUACCAGUGGAGAUGGGAACUGCCUGCUCCACGCCGCCUCGCUGGGAAUGUGGGGUUUCCAUGACCGCGAUCUGAUGCUGCGGAAGGCCCUGUAUGCAUUGAUGGACCACGGCCAGGAGAGGGAGGCACUGAGGCGGCGGUGGCGGUGGCAGCAGACCAUGCAGAACAAAGAGUCGGGGCUGGUGUACACGGAGGAGGAGUGGCAGAAGGAGUGGAACGAGUUACUGAAGCUGGCAUCCAGCGAACCCAGAAUACAUUACAGCGCCAACGGCAGCAACGGGGCGGAGUCCUCAGAGGAACCAGUGUAUGAGAGUCUGGAAGAGUUCCAUGUGUUUGUUCUGGCCCACGUGCUGCGCAGACCCAUAGUGGUGGUGGCGGACACCAUGCUGAGGGACUCCGGUGGAGAGGCCUUUGCACCGAUUCCAUUUGGAGGGAUUUAUCUGCCCCUGGAGGUCCCAGCCAGCAAGUGCCACCGCUCUCCCCUGGUGCUGGCCUACGACCAGGCCCACUUCUCUGCCCUGGUGUCCAUGGAGCAGAAGGACGGCUCUAAAGAGCAAGCGGUGAUUCCUCUGACGGAUUCGGAUCAUAAGAUGCUGCCGCUGCACUUCGCUGUGGACCCGGGGAAGGACUGGGAAUGGGGGAAGGACGACGGUGACAACGUGAUGCUUGCCAGUGUGGCCCUAUCUCUGGAGGCCAAGCUGCAUUUCCUGCACAGCUACAUGACCGUGACAUGGCUACCGCUGCCUUGUGAGGUACAGCAGGCUCCACUGGCCCAGCCAGAGUCACCAACGGCCUCUGCUGGCGAGGAGGCGCGCAGCCCCCCAGAUUCGGGCGAGUCGGACAAGGAGUCCGUGAGCAGCAGCUCCAACGGCAACGGCGAAAGCAGCACUACAGGAGGAGGCACCUCCUCAUCCAAGCCCAGUGGCUCCUCCAGCUCGUCCAGCUCGUCCAGCAACAGCUCUGCCCCCAAGGACAAGAGCCGGAAGGACAAGGAGAAAGACAAAGACAAGGAGAAGGACCGGGACAAGAAGCGGGCAGAUUCGGUGGCCAACAAGCUGGGCAGCUUUGGCAAGAGCCUGGGCAGCAAGCUGAAGAAGAACGUGGGCGGCCUGAUGACGAGCAAGAGCACAGGGGGCGUCGGAGGACCUGGGAGUGGCACGGGCGGCAAAGGGGAGGGCACGGAGAAAAAGAAGGGCUCCCUUAGGGGGCGCAAGGGCAGCAAGGAUGGCUCCCCCUCUAUGCAGAGCUCUGAGGAUUCUGGGAAAGGAUCUCCGUCCUCCAGCAGCGAGCGUCCCGUCGGGGGCAGCCCAGGUGAGUCGGACCCCUACAAGUACAGCACUGACGUGAAGGUGAGCCUCGGCAUCCUGCGAGCUGCCAUGCAAGGCGAGCGCAAGUACAUAUUCGCAGGGCUGCUGACCACGAGCAACCGGCAGCCCUUCCAAGAGGAGAUGAUCCAGCGGUACCUGGCCGACGCCGAGGAGCGCUUUAGGGCCGAACAGGAGCAGCGGCGAGAGGCGGAGCGGAGGGGCGGGGCUGGGCUGGCCACCCCCAACGGCUCGCAGGCCCGCAAGGAAGGCGGUGGAGUGGAUCUGGGAUACCGCGGCUUCGAGGCCACGAAAGAGGAGCUGGUGGAAGGAACCACAACCUCGUUUAGCAACUUCAAGCCGUCCGUCUUCAGCCCCAACCUGUACUCGGGUGUGGUCCCCAUCCCACGGCCCACGUUGGUGGAGCACCCCACGACUGCCCUCUCCCAGACACCCCCAGCCCCUCUGUCACAGACCCUGCACACGCACGGCUAUAUGGACACUCGCCGACAACUAGCCGGUGGGGGCCCCCCUGGCUCUUCAUCUUCCUCCUACCUUGGGUUCCCAUCGUACGCCACCCUCCCCCGCCACUGCCCCGUGGCUCAAGACCCACCCCAUCCCCAGUACCACGUACCCCCUCCUGCCCCUUCAGUGGCCAGCCCCUCCCGGGUCAACCCCUGCUUUGCCACCUACCCUUCGGAGCUGGACCCUGAGCCUGUAGGGGGUGGUGGGUACAGCAAUGGCUUCCGGGACCUACGCUCCAGCCUGGAUGGCGGUCGCAGCGGUCCGCCCCCGGUUCGGCACUACUCCCUGGGCAGCGCUGGCGGCCUGGCCGGCCUGCAGACCACCCGCUGCCGGACGCCCAGCUGCAAUUUCUUCGGGCACCCCGAGACAAGCAACUACUGCUCCUACUGCUACAGAGAGGAGCUAAAGAGAAGGGAAACGGAGCCGACCAUCCACAGGUUCUGAGCAGCUCUAGGGGGUGGUGGAAAGGAGCGAGGCAAACGGUCUACAUGCCCUGCCUGCCUUCCUGCCUGCCUGCCUGCCUGCCUGCUUACCUGGGAGGCACCUGAGGCUGAAACUUCCGUCUUCAAAAGGAAAAAACGGCACAGACAUUGCCUUUUGGACUGGAGUGAUGAGUCAUCCCCCCAUGCUGACUGUGGAUAUUGUGGCAAGUCUUAACUGUGAGAAGCUUCAAUGGGGAGAAUGAUUCGAUGGGGACUUUGGCUCCAUCUGUGGAGGACCUGAGAGAUGUGGUGGUGGUGGAGAGAAGUGGGCCAGUCUCAGUCUCCUCGCCGCACUGUAACAGUCAUCCUCUGUUUUUAGCUCCUCCUGGUGGAGUGAAUGUAAACCGCAGGCGACAUAAUUUUUUUUGAAAGUGCAACAUGCUUAAUUGCAUUUCAUGAAAAAUAACCAUACACACUCACACAUACACAACCCCAGGCAUACAAGAAGCACAACCAUGAACUGCUUGUUUAUCUACACUUUUUUGUAAGAAGCAUACAGUCUCUGGCACUGUAGGUCAAUUAGAAAAGGUCAGGCAAGGGUAGAUUGUGUACCACUGGACUGAGGUUUUGGGUUUUGCUAAGAUACUUCAACGAAUCGAGGAAUCUCAUCGUUCUUCUAUGGGAAGAGAAAAAAAUAUAGAAAACACGCCCAAGCUUCCUUGAGUUCAAUCUUCUAAAUAUUUGUUUGCAAAUACUAAGCAGGUGCCAGCGAAAUGAAAUGGUUUAGGUGUUUUUUGCGUUGGUCGGAUGUUCAUAAUUUGGCAAAGCAUCACGCUUUCUUUAAAUAUCUCUUCAGCUAAACGUGGGUUUGGCUUGGUGCUCUCCAGUUUGCAGUUUGGUCAUCUCAGCCUGAUGGCCCAGUUGAACUGCUUCAGCCCAUCAGCCAUCAAACAAAAGCCCCCCCCCAUUACAUACACUACAAGAUACAUCUCUGACAUGGUCCGACGUCAUUUCUAACUUGACAUUUGUUCCUAACUUGCAAAGAAAGUCGCGUGAUAGCUGUCCGCCUGUGAUGCUUUAUACACAGAUCAAAUGUGGAAGUAAAUACCUAGUGUGGCAUAAAUCUCUGACAAAACGUUCUGUGUUUACAGAAAUGCAGAUGCUACUGGUCAGCCAGCUGCUGCAUAUGUUUUUUUUUCUGAUAUGGAACUGAUAAAUUAAUUCUCUGUUUCAGUAUUGGUGGUGUAUUUAAAGAGUGUUUCAAUGUUCUGGUUUCUGAUGGUACAGUAUAGCUUUUUAAAACAAAUAGCCAGUAUCGAAUUCUUGUGCAAGUCAGCGUAAUUAGCUUAACCCUGUGGUCCGCAUACAUACAUAUAUAUAUAUGUAUAAACAUACAUAUAUAUAUGUGUAUAUAUACACAAACAAAAGGUCAUUAGUGUCAUAUUAGGUCUAGUUAAAGGUCUAGCCUGGCUAAUCAGAUAUAUUUUAUCGAAGAUAUUGCGGUAAAAUUAAAUCAGACAAAACUGAUGCCAGUUGUCAUGCAAAAGAAAUGUUACACACAUUGCGAUACCCUACCUUCCAAAAGCUCAAGUCACGGCACGGUGUGGCGUCCAAGUAAAGUGAGUGACCAUGACGAGUCACUAGGCGGCUUUCUGCACAAAAAUGAAGCACUUUUUUUCUUAGGUCCUGAGCGUGUGUGUGUGAGUGUGUGUGUGUGUGUGUGUGUUCCAGUGUGAUGAUGGCAUGCUGUAUGUUAUUUCGGACCUGGGAUGUCUGCUUCCUCAGUCUGGAGAGGCACGGCCUGCUCACUCAUGGCGGGUAGGCGCGUCUCUGAGGACGACGACAUCGCUCUCUCUCAUCUCUCGUUCUUUCCAAGUUGCCUUUUUCUCUUGGCCCAUCCGCUCUACGGGUUUCUGUCUGUCUGUCUGUGUCAAGGCUUAAUGUUUCCCCGUUUUUUAUUUAUUUUCGAAUUCCAGAAACUGUGCGAAGCCAUUUUGGGAGGAUGGCUGUUCUGGCCAUCACUCCCUGUGUGUGUGUUGUUUUCCCCAAGCAGUGCUGAAUGCCAUGGUUUUGGCUGGGCCCUUUUCAGGCCUCUUUUUUUCCCCUUUUUCUUCCUCUUUUUUUGGGGGUUUUGAAGUUGCUGCCAUGUUGGUUGACAGACAAAGGCCUCGUUGAGGAUCUGCUGUGGUGGUGGAAAUACCUAGCGAAGAUGGAGGGGGGGGGGGACAAAAAUAACCCCAAGAUGUUAUCCUCACAGGCAGCAAGGCUGCAUGGUGCAAGUGGUCCUGUUUAUUUCUGCACAACAAUAAUACUCUUAAAGCUGAGAAGUUUGGCAUUAUUUAAUUGCCAUUUGCCAUUAUAUUGCUGACACCAUUGAAAUAACCUAUGAGUUAAUCCCUGUGACAUCACCACCAACUACACACACAUUGAUCUUAAAGUAAGCUCUUGAAAUGCAGAUGGAGAUAUUAACCCUUCAAAAAUUGACAGUAUAGAAAUGACAAACUAUACUCAAUUUGCAAUUGGUCAUUAACACUUAUAAUGACUUGCAUCUGAUGGAUGUAAAAAAUUGUUGCCAUGCUCUCGUGUUUGCCUCGCUAUUUUUUUUGUAUGCAAUAUCUGCCAUGCCCAGUGGAUGGCGCUCUUGUAUCAGUUUCCUUGUUAUGGAAGCGAUAGGCAAUAAGACUCCACCAGUUAUAACCUAGCAUUUUAUCAAUAGGAUUAGGAAAGUGAAAAAUAGAUGAGGUAGAGAGUGUUUUGGCUUCAGCAAUGUAAAUAAAGGGUAUCUGUCUUCUGUUAAUUUUUUCUCAAACUAGCAGACAUGUAUCUAUAAGUGAUCUCUUGGUGAUGGUUUUUGUGUGGUGUGCACAGCUGUCCUUUUCUGCUAAUUCUCAAUGAGAAUCUGUGUAUGACCAUGUCUAUGUAAUUGUGUGUGUGUGUGUGUGUGUGUGUGUGUGUGUGUGUGUGUGUGUGUGUGUGUGUGUGUGUGUGUGUGUGUGUGUGUGUGUGUGUGUGUGUGUGUGUGUGUGUGCGCGCGCGCAAGUGCUAACGGCAUACCUUGCCCUCACAAAAAAGUGUUGCAGCUUGAUGGCACAAUCAAGAGGACUUCUUAAGAGAUAAAAAAAAGGAAAAAUCAGAAUUUGAUGGCAACUAACUUGAGUGUUUAUUUCUCCCUACAAUGUAAUCGUAGCUUACAUCAGUGGCUUCAUUUAUUCCAAGAACAGGGAAGCUCUCGAAAAGAAAACAUUGUUCAUUGAACUUCAAUAAGACUGCAAACUUUUUUGUUUUUGUAUUAACAAAAAAAAAAAAAAGACAACGAAAAGGUUGUACAAAUAUGUUCCAAGUUAUUUUUGUAAACCAUACCAAAAGUUUUACAGUGUUUUUAAAGAAAAGAAUGUAUAUUGUUGGACACUAAAAUGAACGGAUACCAAACUGCAGUAGCCGAAACAGCGAUGGGAGACAGUAUUCAUUGGAAUGAUUUUUUUCUUUCUUUUCUUUGUUUGGCAGUUGAGGCUGACCAUAAAAAAAGGAUCUUCAGUCUGAGGGUUUCUUGUGAACAAACUAAUACCUUCAUUAAUGAGCUGACAAAAAAGGUGUGGUUUUGAAAUAUAUAUUUAUAGGAAGUUGUUUAUUUUUCAGGAAGUUUCUUUUUGUUUCAGAAUGUUUAAUUUUAGGAAUACCAGAAUGUUCUUUCAUACGGGCUACUUGUCAGACAGACGGCCUCACUGACCUCCAUAUCACCCACGACACACACAGACACGCUUGCAUGCAUACACACACACACACAGACACACACACAGACACGCUUGCAUGCAUACACACAUUUUCAUGCACCCCUAUACAAACCCAUUCAUUGCAACCUCAUCACACAGCACGUUUUGAAAGCCACAACUUACAGGACCUGACUCAGGCACUGAUCUCGUCGCAGUUUUUGUCCUUACAUGGAUUAUUUUCUCUUUGUUAUUUUAAGGUAUAGCUGACCCAGGUUUAUAAAGUAUGUACUUUUUUUAUUUUCCUAAAUGACAGUCAUCCACAAAAACUUCCAUGGGAUGCUUUGGUUUGCAUGGAACUGAAGCUUUAGCAUGUUGCAAGAGGGUAUGACCCCCAUAUUUUGCAUCAUCAGUAGUUUGAUGGGCAGUACACCUUUGUCUAGAUCCAUGUUAUUCCCCCACCUCCCCACCCCACCCUACCCUACCCUACCCCAGGUUGGCAGAGGCAAGCCUAGGCUGUGUGACAGUGCAAUCUAGAUAGAAAGAACAUCUGAUUAUCUUUUAGUUUUUAUUGUUUUUCUCUUUUUAUUUGCACCGUUUGAAUAAAAUUCUCAUUGUAUUUAAACACUACAGUGCCUGUGGUCAUGCAUUUCUUUCUUGAGAGACAACGGAUGUAAUGUCUUUCUGUUAGAGGAGUACAUUUUAGCAUACAUUUGCCUAAUUCGAAAUUGGCUCAGCAGUUAAAGCACAUGUUUAAUAUUACGUUUGUAUUUCUACGCAGAUAAACUCAGGCCUUGGGCAUCAUACUUUGUCAUUUAACUAUUAGGCGCUGCGUGUCAGUUUAUUAUACAUACAGAUCUGAUGUGUGUGCAUAAGAGUGUUCUAUAAUGUGUUGCUACUUUAGGUAGUUGCCAGUGUAGUAAGUAAAUAAGAAGAUUUCAAUCUGUCUCGAAA